AUUGGCAUCAACAAGUAUUCAGUUAAUGAUUAUGUGAAGGUUGCUUACUGUUUGUUUUUGUGAAUGCAUGUUAUAAGUAUGAAGAAGAAAAGAGGACAAAGCCCCCAACAAGACAUCUGAUAUUUAAUAACUGCUAUUGAGUUUGUUGAACUCUCAUCUUAUCAGCACAAAACUAUACCCUAUAUUGUUGCCAGAAUUUCUGUCAAAUGGACUUUGUACCAUUUAAGAGAUCCAUUGACUCAUUAAAACCUCAAUACAUGGGUGUAUAUAUAGUGUUAGCAAGCAUAAUGUCAUGAGUUCUGAAGUGGACAGUGAAUUGGAAGGAAACCAAUACUUUAAGUGACUGUUAGUUAUUAGACAAUUAGGAAGCUGGUAAUGAGUGUUGAGGAUCACAUCAUGGCCUUUAGUCACAUUGUCCGGGGAUACCGAAUCAGCAAAUCCCCCCUUCUUCUGGUGAAGAGUGUGGGACCAUAUCUUGUUCCUUUCUUCAAGACAGUCGCAAUAUUCUUUGUUUUAUUUGGUGAUGAUUGCAGAGAUGAGUCCAUCUUUUACUGCAUAGUAAAAUGCCUCCCAGUCAUCUCAUUGAUUCUAUUUGUCCUUGUACAUGGAAUGAACCUGACAGAAUAUUAUCGCUACUCACGCCGAGUCCUUGUUGGGCUGAUUUUCUCCUGCUUUGGAGAUGCCUUCCUGGUAUGGCCUGAUUACUUUGAGGUUGGCAUCCUUAUGUUUGCCAUUGCCCAGUUCUCGUAUGCCAAAGCUUUCGGAUGGCGCCCCAUGAAGAUCUUACACGGUCUUGGAUUUGCUACUGCUGGUGCUCUAGUCUAUAUGUUUUUAGCACCAGCAUUGGAGGGCGUUAUGCUGUACAUUGUGGCAGCAUACAUCACCCUUAUCUGCACCAUGGCGUGGCGGGCGGUGGCCAGGGUGGAGUUCUACAAUGAUCUCUGGACUUGGACCAAACUUUGCGGCUGCAUGGGAGCUAUUUCUUUCGUAAUUUCUGACAUCACGAUCGCUGUCAACAAGUUCAGAUAUCCGGUUCCAUUCCAGCACCAGAUAAUUAUGCUGACGUACUAUGCUGCCCAACUGGGAAUAUCCCUGUCUGUAGUUGACAGCCCUAUUGAUGAGCUUCUGGAGAAGACCCAAAAACAGAAAUUAUGGUGAAAAGUUUGGAGUUAAGGAACAGAUCCCUAUUGAAAUGGUUAAUUCAUGCCAAAACUGUAGUUAUACUUUAAAGUAUACUAGUACCUCAGAGGGGGGACUGUGUGUUCAAAUCAUAUCUGCAUGGAUUGAUUGAACACCAUUUGAUACUUGUACAUAUAUCUGCUGAUUACAUCAUUACAGAAACUUGCCAUGUUAGUGUGAAACAAAACUAUGAGCAGUGAGGGGUAGUCUUUUAUGUGUAUAGUUUAGCAGUAUAUUAAUACAGUAGCUAGUAGUUUGGGAUUCUUGUGUUAGAUGUUGAGUGCUUAUUAAUGUAAACUGUUUGACAAUAUUGAUGGUUUGAACAAAAAAAAUUUGAUAUAUAUCAUGCACAUUUUGCAAAAUUUUAUUUUGCCCUGUUAUAAUACUCAAAAGUGGAUUCAGUUGAAUUUUUUAACAGUUAUAUGUUUUCUUUGAAAGUUUACUAGAUUUAAUGUGCUGAAAAUAUGUUGUGAUUUUUUCUUUAUCAAACAAAAUAAUCAAAAAUAUUAAACUCUGACAUAUUCAAAUCAUGAAUCUGCAUUACGCUAAAUAUACAAUAUAUUUACAAUACCAGGUGUUGCAUUUCAAUACUUUGUAUCAAGCCAAAUUUUAUUUUCCCAGACACCCUGGCUUAUGUGUAUGUUAUUUAACAUUCUUAUUUUUUACUUACUGUUUUAUUUUCUCAUUUGGAUAAAUGUGUUUAUGUUUCAAAUUCUGCUUGCCUGGCUCUGAAUUUCAUUAUCUGUGACACAAAAAUGUCAUAUUCUCAUUCUGAAAUGCUAAUGAAUUUUUUUCGCUAUUUCGCAUUUAAAAAACAAGAAAAAUCACUACUUUCUUUAUUUAAUUAUCAAAAACAAUUCUGAUAAAUUUUAAGACAGAAUUCAGUUGAUCAUUAACAUUUUUGGCUGUGUACUUAUAUGUUUAUAAACCGGUACAUACGUAAUCUUGUUUUCUGCUUACAUUAACUUGUAUUCAUACAAACAAAGUAAUGGAGACCUGUGCUCUCCAAUCAUCUGUCAACGUCCGAUCCCCUCUGUGUCGUUACCUACAUACCUAUCAAGGUAUGCACUAAUAUUUACUUUUUAGGUCAAUUACCUGAUACUUACCUUAUUAUUUAUAUCUUGAGCUAAACAUUGGUAAUAUUGACUUUUGAACUUUGUCCUUCAGAAUUUGUUACAUAAGUAAUAUUAUUUGUUAUCUAUGAUAUUAUUUUUUAUGUAGUGCUUGAUUUCAAUUUUUCCUUAAAU